AAGAUCUCGAACGCGGCGAGCGAUACUCGUAAAUCGAAACGAACUAUCGAUAAACUAUCGACCGACAACCCUCGUGUAGUGUUGCCCUAUCACCCUAUCUUGAAAUACCAUAUUAUAAAAUAUAUAAGAAAUAUUACAAUUGCCACCUGCGAAAUAUCUUAAUAAAUAUAUAGCUUAUUAUCAAAACGAAUUUUUGAAACAAGCUUGCACAAACACGUUAUUUAUAUAAUACUUAUAAUAAUAAGAGUUGAUUUGCAAGUAUUCGGCAUUAAUUAGCGGAGUCGGGAGUUUUAGAACAUUCUUAUCAUUGUAAAUAGCUUCAGUGAUGUCAAUUUGAUUGCUCUGUGUCGAAAUGAAUCGUAACAACGUUUUUUUGGUGUGUGCAACACUCACUUGCAUCUAUUCUGUUACGACCCAGGCCGGCAGCCGAGUCAAGAUUCCUGCCACUCGGUUCACGUGUCAAGGUCGCGCGGCAGGCUACUACGCUGACGUAGACACCGGCUGUCAGAUCUACCACAUGUGCGAUGGCCUCGGACGCCAGUUCAGCUACUCGUGCCCCAACACCACGCUGUUCCAGCAACGCAUGCUGAUAUGCGACCACUGGUACAUGGUCAACUGUUCCAACUCAGAGGAUAAUUAUGAUGCCAACUUGCUUAUAGGUCAAAGAGAUAAACCGUUCGUGUCUGAAGAUGAGAUGCGGCAACGGACCCCGCGACCAGACAUACUCUCUGUUCCACCAAAUAGUAAUUACUACGAUGGACUUAAAGAAUCUGAGACAAAGUUCUUGAUUCAUCCGGGGAACAGUAUCGUCGGCAUAGCUGAUUCUCUAUCAAGCGCCAACAACAACGAUUUGGACAGUGACAAGCAAAACUACCGUCCACCUUCAUCCUGGUCUACCGGUAUCGGCCUGCGAUCCACUACUCCUCGCUACGUAAACAAUGAUAAUGAUGAUAUAUUAGCCCAACCCACGAUUCACACCCCCGUCAAAGAAUCCACUAAGAUACAACCGCCGUCUCAAGAAUUGAAUCCUCCGUUCCUUCCUUCACCGGGCUCAACUGAUGGCGCCAACCAAUUGGACAUCAGAAUGGAACCAGAAGAUUCAGUAUAUAAUUUCAUUAAAAGGUUCGAUCCUAAUUCUCCUGACACACGCAAUACUGGAACAUCCAUGACUCAAGCGGAAAUCCUAAACCUGAACCAACAUUUGCCCGCUGGCCAAGUCAGCUCAGAGGAAGACAGAACACCGCGCAAAAAUAAAAACCACGAUAAGAACUUUAACUUCGUCAAGGUGGAUAGUAAGAAAGGAUCGAAAAGUGAAUCCAGAUUUGAUUCAGUCAAUUCCAAAGUAAAGUUACAAGAUAGCCUUCCUUCAACGCAAAGUAUACCAGAGCCUUCAAAAGAUUUGCUGCCACCGAAAAAAGAUUUCCCAGCACCGGGUUUGACUACUACAAUGGGGCCACCUAUUUACUACGAAUGGAAAUGGGCUGUCCCUGCGUUGGAUCUGGAACCACCAAAAUUUAGCAACUUCACAAAUGUUACUAAUGUUCCACAAAAGUCUCAGGGAAAACGACCAUUUAGCGCACCAAGAACCACUCCAGCAACUAUUGAUCCAACUCCAAGCAACACAGAGUACAACAUUAGCUCAUACUUCGUCCCUGAUUACGUAUUUCCUUUGGACAAUCCUCACCCGGGUUACGGUGAUGAUGAAGCACAGACUUCCUUUCAAGUUGAGGUAUCCAGGCCUGGGAGGUCCAGCUAUGGAGAAAACCCUAAUUGUCCUCAAUGCCAUCCAGCCUAUCUUGAACCUGGUAAAUGCGAGCCUUGUGUAGUUAAACGGUAACACUCUUAGGAAAUUAUUUAUUUACACAUGUACCUGUACAUGGCAUCCUAACGGUUCAUCCCUUUUUUAAACUAAACAGAGAACUUAUCCUCAAUGUCAAUUUGAAGAAUGCAAGAUAAAGAUAUUCAGUGUAUCUUUGUAGAAGAUAAACAGAAGCAUUCAGCGAGACUUAAUUUUGCACUGCAAUACACCAAAAAUAAAAGUAACCAAGAAUAAGCCCUAAACAAUACGUUUUAUAAUUUGGUGUACACCCAGUCAAAAUUACGACACUUACUAGUAAUUUUAAAUGCCUAUUAACUUGAAACAAUUUUAAUUCUCUCAAAUAGUAACACGCUAGAAUCGUUAUAAUUUAAAUAGAUAAGGUUUUUAUAUACACUAUAUUGUAUUAUAUAUACAUAUAUAUUUAAUAAAUACAAGUGAAUAUAAUAUAUAUUAAAGUUAUAAGCAAAAGAACAAAAUUAUAUAAAAAUAAACAUAAUUAUUUUGAUUGCAAUGUUUUCAAUGUUGAGUGACCGUAAAGUUAUGUCUAAGAUUACCGAGAAAUUUUAAUUUGUCGAAAAACUGCUUACAGUUUAGCGUUUUUACAAUGAAAUGGCGACAUAAGUUAAAACAC